GGUGUAAUAUGGAUAUACAUGGUGAUAUGACAGGUGCCUAUGUGGUAAUGACAGGGUGUAAUAUGGAUAUACAUGGUGAUAUGACAGGUGCCUAUGUGGUAAUACUGACUGGGUGUAAUAUGGAUAUACAUGGUGAUAUGACAGGUGCCUAUGUGGUAAUGACUGGGUGUAAUAUGGCUAUACAUGGUGAUAUGACAGGUGCCUAUGUAGUAAUGACAAGGUGCCACUGCUUAUGGUAGGAGGCUGCAGGUUGUAAAGUUCGUUGAAGCCUGGCAUGUUGGGGUUGGACAUGGCAAGUUAUGGGUAUAGUGAUAGACAGGCGCCUGAUAUAUGAGGGAAUUCCAUUGUCAGGUAUGAGGCUGGCAUGACAGGCGCGGCAGUCUGAAGUGAGGGCUCGGAAGUUUGGUGGCUUCAGUGACUGGUUCUGUAAUGACAGCCCCCUGGCGGGACAGGUUCCUGUGAGGCUGCCCUUGGUGGUACAGUUGGCAGUGUACCAGUCCCUCUCUGCGCCUCUCCCCGCUGGUAAGGCUCAGUACGGCACAGCGGGCAGUGUCGGGGUCGUGGCCUGGUUACAUGACAGGUGGAUAUGUGGUAUGAUGCCAGGUGGAUAUGUGGUAUAAUGCCAGGUUGGUGCAGAGGCGCCUGCAGUGAGUGGUACAGCUGGCAGCGUCUGCCCCGUCCCUCAGUGUCAGUGAGCUGUUUAUUCAGGACUCGGAGCGGCACGCGUCAGGCGCACGCACUGGAACAACAGAGCGCCUAGAAUGGAGCCUGGGGAGAGGGGCGGGGCCAGGCGCGCACGUCCAGCUUGUGCCCAUUCAAAAGGCGGCGGCGUCCGGGCGACCCCAGUACUGAGCGCUGAUCCAGGGAACGUGCGGCACGGAGCUGCCCGACACACACGCGAGUGACACGAGUCUCCCCCGCUGCCCGGACACUCACUGCCAGCCACAUGGACGCCACUGCCAAGGCAGAGAUUGGCUCCAGCCAGCCCUUCCUGCAGCCAGCCUGCUACUAUGCCCAGAGCUUGCCGCUCAGUCCGGGAGACCCAGGGCAGCCCGGCGCCAAGUCCCUGCCAAAGCAGGUGAAGAGGCAGCUCUCGUCCUCCCCGGAGCUUAUGAGGUGCAAGAGAAGGCUCAACUUCAACGGCUUUGGCUACAGUCUGCCCCAACAGCAGCCGGCGGCGGUAGCCCGGAGAAACGAGCGCGAGAGGAACAGAGUCAAGCUGGUCAACCUGGGCUUUGCCACCCUACGGGAGCAUGUGCCCAACGGCGCUGCCAACAAGAAGAUGAGCAAAGUGGAGACGCUGCGCUCGGCGGUGGAGUACAUCAGGGCGCUGCAGCAGCUGCUGGAUGAACAUGACGCUGUCAGCGCUGCCUUCCAGUCCGGGGUGCUGUCACCCACCAUCUCACCCAACUAUGGGCAUGACAUGAACUCUAUGGCAGGGUCUCCUGUCUCCUCCUACUCCUCCGAUGAAGGUUCAUAUGAUCCCCUGAGUCCGGAGGAACAAGACCUGCUAGACUUCACCACCUGGUUCUGAGCUUUAAGGAGCAGGACUGUUGCUCAGAUGACAAGUUCAACUUUCUGCUCAGAAAGAGAAAGUGAAGCACAUGGGAGCUACCAGCCCCUCCAAGAACACUGAAGCACUACAUUGCACUCCAGCUGGGUCUACAGGACUAACAGAGACUCAGACCUGUGGUGGGACAUGGGUGGUGGAGCCUACACCAUCCAACUCACACAACCAAGAGACUUUCUGGCCUGAAUGAUCCCAAGAACAAGUCAGGGGCUUCCCCACCCCCCCAACAAAAAAAUAAAAAUCUCAUCUCAAGCCCUUCAGAGACAGACCUGUCCUGUGUUCAAGGAUGUUCUCAGUUCCAGGAUCUUGAAUUGUGGAGUUUGUUGCAUUCAACCUAUGCUGAUAUUCAAAGAACCCUUUGAGAACCCUCUACUACUAUUUUUAUACCACUUUCAUCUAAAAUGCUUCCAAUCUUUUUAUGAUUUUUUUUUUAUUAUAAAAAUCUAUUUCUAUCUAUCCCACAUGUGAGGGAUGUAUUAAGCUAUUUUUGUAUAUAAGAGAGAGAUUUAUAGAAGUUUUUGUACAAAUGUUCUACAAAUGUGUAUAUCUUGAUACAUUAAUUAUGUAAUGCUUAUUACCUCUGCAUAUUUAGACUUGUAGUCUAUAUAUUUCAGCGAUAGUCACCCUGGGGAGCUCUGGCUGCUGGUGAAUUGCAUCCCCAUCAUGGGGGUAUGUAGUUUAGCAUCAGCUGGGGAUGCCAAGGCUGCCCGUCCCUGCUAUAAUUACCUUGCAACUGCCAUUUUGUAUGUGGUUUUGUGAAAGGACACUCCUUUAAGGUGGGGUUGGAAUUCCUCCGGAUGUACUUAAGCACCGCGCACCGACGUGUCUUACUUUAUAGAAACUUUUGAUAAUGUAUUAAUUGUGUUCUUAAACAAUGUUCACAGUGAACAAAGUUUAUGCAGCUAUUGUCCAAACAAGCAAAAUAGUGGUCCUUCGUUUCGAUGCUGCCUUUUGGAACCUUACAC